GAGUUCAUACAUGUGAUUUUUGCAAGCUGAGGUGGACAGACAGAUAGAACCACCACAGGAUUAAAGCGUAAUGGCGCACAUAUCUAUAUCUACUUCGAAACCAGCAGGGACUCUUCUGUUUUGGGUCUGUCUGUGUCUAAUGGUCUCAACACUGCAGACCCUGGUACCAAACGAACAGAAACAAACUGUGAGACAGACUACAUCAACCAUGCCGACAGAAGUACAAACCACUGCAUACACCAGAGCAGAUCCUGGCUGUGGAGAUGGAGGAACAUUUGGCUGUGGUAACAAGAGCAUCUGUGACACAUACUGUUCAUUUUGUGUGAACAGUUUCUUGAGAACUCAACAAUGCUAUGGUUUGCUGGUGCAAUUGUGUCAAUAUAAUUUUGAUGUUGCUAUGGGGUUCAUGAACAGUACCGACUGGUGUUCAUUGGAAAAAGUAAAAAGUGCAUACAACAAUUUCACUGUGUGUACUGAGUCUGUUGCUGACUGUCUGUUGCUUCCCUGGCCGAAUCAGUUGGUUGAACAUACAUUUGUGAAAAUCCACACCACCUAUUUUCAAGAAUGCCCCACAGAGGCACUGAGAGACCCCCCUCCCAGCAUCAUCCUUGCCCUGGUCAUGACCCCCAUAUGCCUAAUCCCUGUUAUGGUGGUCCUAGUAGUUCUCAAGACUAAAAAUGGAGACAGGAGGUCCUAGAUGUCCAGGUGCAAGAAUAUUUUAUGCUUAUUCCUUCUUCUGCUCUGUUUGUUCUUCAUCCGAGAUGGUAUCCCACCCCGGGAUAAUGUCCUGACUCAACGCUCCCCAGUGAAUGUGCACCUGGCCGUCUCCAAGAUUGACUAAACCAGGAUGGAGGAUGAGCAUUUGUUCUGGGGGUGAUGUCUGACUGGAAAAUGUUACUGUACUUCAGUGAAAUAAUUGUUGGUUAGAAAUGUAUAUUUAUCAUUAACAUACAGCUAAUGUGCAUUACAGAUAUUUCACAGCAUUAUUAUCUCCAAAUUGCACAUAUACAUUUUGUUGUCUUCAGGAUGUAAAUACAUAAUCCAAUGAAAUGUGAAAUGGCAAUGGAAAAAAGAUUCAUUUGUGUACAUAACCAGAUGUACAAAACAACAAUGCAGAACCACAAACUCAUUUGAGUGUCCACUUUAUGCACUGUAAGAAAUCUUUAACCCAUGUUUUAAUGUAGAUUUUUGAUGUUAGUUAAGUGACAAGAGCUGUUUAGCUGACUAUUAGAAUAAUGUCUUUGUGAUUUCAUUUCUAUUUUGACACAAGUCAUAACGAUUGACUUUUUAAAUUUAUUAUGACAGCUAUUUAGGAAUUAGGCAUAAAUGAAUCAAUCUGAAUGCAUGACAAAACAAAGCCGACUGAAAGCCACACAUUUCAAUAGGCAGCUUACUAAAUAACUGUUAAUUUAUGUAUGUUAAUGACAUGCAGGUGUCUCUGAGAAGUAAACAUUUAAGAGGGAAGGGAAUUUCAGAAAAUGGAGAUUUAUAUAGAUUGUAAUGUCCACUUGCAUUGUUAAUUUUAAUUUUACUGUGCCCCUCAAACAGAUCUGCAUUGUAAUUUGCUUAUAAUAUAAUUACUGUAUCAAUGUAGUCACAUGAAAGAGAUUGGCAUUAGUUUGUGUUUUAUAAUUAUUUCCGUAAUUGAUUACGAAGGAUGAGUCUUAUAUUGAGAAAACAUUUUCAAGCCUAUGUCUGCAGAUUGUUCUCUCUUUUUUUAUAGACCAACCAUUUUAAGAGCCUGUGAACUAUUUUAUAAUUUUAUACUUCACCUCCUACUUUGAUUGGACAUGUUUUUAAAUAAUUAAACCACGUUUUACCUAGAGUCUGUCAGUGGGAUUUUAGUAAAAGCGUCCUUGUUUUGUGAUUUUCUGUGUUAAGAAUAUAUCAUAUUUGGUUGUGCCUCUUAACAUAGAAAAGGUAGCUACAUGUUACUUGCUUGUCUGUGACAGAGAGCUCAAAUAUUCAAGCUCAAAAUUCCCCUCACACUUCAGACAGAAGGGUGGAUGUUGGAGUCUUAAUAGUGACGUGAAAAAGCUGAUUGUCUAACAUGUUCCAGUGAACUCUAUUAAAGUCAAUUAAAAGUA